GGAUCAUGUUGGAGCGCUUAACAACGUUUGAAAGGCUGUCGAAUUUAAGUAAUUUAAGGAAUCAUGAAAGAAAUGUGACUUACUAAAUCACAUAUCAUGAGACUCAUUAUUGGAGGUCAAAUUCAAACACAGAGAAUUGGUGAUGAUUCUACAAAAAAAAUGCUGGCAGAAUUGUUGAAAUAGAGUCAUGUGUUUGAAAGUAUGGAAAAUGAUAUAGAUGAAAAUUGUUCAACAGUUAUCCGAAAAUGUACGAGUUAAUUAAUCCGAUUAAAAUAAUACACUUAAUAAUCACAUGAAUGUCAUAUGUACUGUCACUCAUUUACCUUGCUGAAAAAAGAUUAUAUAAGUGAUGUAACAAAGCAGUCAAAACACCGUCUUUACAACAUUAUGAAACUAUCGGGAGCAAACUGUUUGGUAGUCUUCAGCCUACUACAACUUCUUGUGGCAUUUUCACACUGUGAUAUUAAUGCCAUAACAUGCAACAAGACAGUUUGUUGCGCUUCAGAAGACGGUAAAAAAGGUCCCCUAUGUUGUGGGAAAGAUGGUUGUCCAGUUCCAAGCACUCCAGAUCUUUUGCUUGGAAAUUACCUGCGUCAUCGACAAAUGAAAAAUUAUUUAGAGGAAGUGUGCAAAUAUUUCAUAUACACGCCAUAAAAUACCGGAAAAUUGGUUGUUCAUGAUUAAUUACGUUUAAAAAUAUGCUAAACUGACCGACCGUGAAUUUAUGUAUUUGAUUUAUUGUACAACUUAAAUAAUAAAAGACGUUCGUAAGCUC